CAAAUCUCAGACGUUUCAAAUCAUUUAUUUCACAUUAAUCACAAUCUAAGAAAUUAAAACUUUGUUUUCCAGUUCCACCGCUAGAAAUAACCACUCGAAUCCGUUUCUCACUGAGAACUGAGAAGAGAGUUAUCUGAAUCUGUAGUUUGCUUAGAAGAAGAGGAAACAAAGAGCAUAUUUUUUUACAAUGUUGAUGUCGAAUUGUGCGUCGGUGGAAGAAGAGACUAAGGAAUCUGAAUCCGUGGCGGCGAAGGAAGAUGACGCUGAUCAUCAUCCUUACGCGUUUCACGUUUCUGGACCGAGGAACGUAUCUUCUCCUAACUGGAGAGAUCUAAUCAAUUCCAGUUGGAAGGAUCCAAACUAUAAGAGGACAGUAAUGGCAUGUUUUAUUCAAGCAGCGUACUUACUUGAACUCGACAGACAAGAGAACCGAGACGAGCAAAACGCUCUCGCACCCAAAUGGUGGAUUCCUUUCAAGUACAAGUUAACGCAAACGCUGAUUGAUGAGAGAGACGGAUCCAUAUUUGGAGCUCUUCUUGAAUGGGACAGAUCUGCUGCAAUGGCUGACUUAGUCGUCAUCAGACCGAGCGGUGCACCAAAAGCAGUACUUGCGCUAAGAGGAACGAUACUCAAGAGCCUUACCAUGAGACGUGAUAUCCAAGACGAUCUCCGGUUUUUAGCUUGGGAGAGUCUUAAAGGCUCUGUGAGGUUUAACGUUGCUCUCGAAGCGCUGGAGUCAGUAGCGAAGAGAUAUGGUAGCAGUAAUGUCUGUGUUGUGGGUCACUCUUUAGGAGCAGGUUUUGCUUUACAAGUUGGCAAGGCAUUGGCUAAAGAUGGGCUGUUUGUUGAUGCGCAUUUGUUCAACCCACCUUCUAUAUCUUUAGCUAUGAGCUUAAGAAACAUUGGUGAAAAAGCUGGUGUUGCUUGGAAACGACUCAUGUCGAUGCUUCCUCCGAGAAACGAGCCUUUGGUACCAAAUGGUUGUGAAGAAGAGGCUGCUCCUGGGAGUGUUUCAGGAGGGUUUAGGAACUGGGUACCGAGUUUCUACGGACAGAAUCAGAAAUCUUCUGUGGAUUUGAGAAAAUGGGUGCCUCAUUUGUAUGUGAACGACAGUGACUAUAUCUGCUGCCACUACACAGACCAGGAUGGAGUGAACGACAAGGGAGAAGUGAACAACGACAAGGAGAACCAGAGUCCUGUUGUGAAGAACACUAUUCCUCAAGCAGCAGCAAAGCUUUUCGUGAUGUCAAAAGGGAAACAGAAGUUUCUCGAGGCGCAUGGGUUAGAACAAUGGUGGUCGGAGAAUCUAGAGCUUCAAUCAGCUAUUCACAGCAGCAGGCUGAUCACUCAGCAACUCAAGUCAUUAUACAGUGUCAAGUAAACAUCAAGAAGUCGUUCAAUAAACGCCUUUGUUCCCUUUUGCUAUCUUUACGGUUUGACCUAAGAACAUUUUUUCCAGGAAAUGUAAUUAGCAUAAGUGUUCUAGCAUAAGUGUUAGAACAAUGGUGGUCGGAGAAUCUAGAGCUUCAAUCAGCUAUUCACAGCAGCAGGCUGAUCACUCAGCAACUCAAGUCAUUAUACAGUGUCAAGUAAACAUCAAGCAGUCGUUCAAUAAACGCCUUUGUUCCCUUUUGCUAUCUUUACGGUUUGACCUAAGAACAUUUUUUCCAGGAAAUGUAAUUAGCAUAAGUGUAAGAAAGACCAGUUGUAAUGGAUCUGCAACAUUUUGUCAAUAAUUGUGCCAAUAACAAUCA